UUUUGAAAAAGUGACAAAAACCGAGCGCAAAUUACAAAAAAUCACUGAAUUAUUUUUUAAUCUUGAAAAUAUUUAAAGUGCAGAAGUAUGAACAUUUACACCAAUUAGAAAAGUGUACUUUAUAUCGAACGCUAAAUAAUGAGUGUAUAUUUUCUUUGUUUAGAUUUUGUUAACGUUUGAUAAUAAUAAUGUAUACUUUGAAGGGUAUCUUCCCCGAACCAAAGAAAGAACAAAAAAAGAACUUCAUCAGAGAAAACAUGAAACAAUUAAAAUAUAUACAAAGCAAAUCUCCUAAAGAACCCAAAUACACCACGAAAAACGUCCACCCCCCGCGGUUGACGAACCCUAUAGCAGCAGGGAGUUCUCUCGGCCAAGUGAAGUCAUCACCAUCAAACAAAAGUGGGAAAACCUCACUCAACAUAGCAAAGACUAGCUCUACGAACACACGCAAAAAAAUGACCGACAUUAGAAUCAAAAAAGGUGACAUGGCAGAGUUUCUCAAAAGAAAAGAGUUAAGACAGUCAAAAGCAGUGGAAGACUGCGCUGAUGAAGAAGUAAAGUCAACCGAAUCAUCAGGACGCCUUCGGGAUAUUGGUUGCCAAACUAUUGAGUCCAACCUUGCUCAGAAACUGGCUGAAAGUGCAAAGCUAACCAUGUUAUACCCUAAGAAAGAGGGGGAUGAUACUGAAGCAAAGAUGAAAGCUAGUGGAGACACGGGACACCACAGAAGUCCCCCUCCAUCACACACUCCCAGACGGGCCGGAGAUGAUCUAAUAGACAUGGAGAGGAACCGCAGCCGGUUAAAUUCUAUUCUGGAAAGGAAAGACACCAAAGAUCCUUACUUGCCAUCAGGUUACCAAAAAGGCGUUCUACCAAAAUACCUACGUGAGCGCAAGGAACAGGGGUCCAAGGACACGGAGGGCGCGAGAGCGGACGAAGACCACUCAGUAUGUCCGCCCGGUCAUGUCACGCUACCAGACACUGAACGAAAGGAGACGUUGCGGAUGCUUAGGAAUAGUUUUGCAGAAUUAGUAAGUGAACUGAAUAAAUUGCCAGUGAAAACAGACACAUUGAAAAUGCGUAAUAGAAAAAUGGAGCUAGAAAAACAAUUAGCAAAGCUUGAGGAGGGCAUCAAGGUGUUUUCCCGGCCCAAGGUGUUUGUAAAAAUAGGGGAGUGAGUGGCCAGUGUUUGUUCUGAGUCAGAACUUGUAAAUUUAUGGUGAUCUUUUGGGGACUAUGGUGCAGUCAGAUUUAUGCAUUACUCAAAUGCCAGGAUUGCAUUUAGGUUAAUUGAACUGCUCAUCAAUGAAAGCAGACAUGGUAUUUUUAUUUUUAAUUAAGAACAAAUUGAUAGCAGUAGAGAUUAUGUCUAGAACUAGUGGUUAAAUGUUGAAUGUCUUAAUUUGCGAUAUUCAUAUCGAAAUUAUUGCAUCCAUCUCAGAAUCUAGUUACAUUUCUUUGCUAGAAAUCAAAUCAAAUUGUAUGAUGUUAUUUUGUUGACAAUCCUCUUCAAUCCAGUAAAUCUGACUGCAGCAUCCCUGUCUAACAGAUUCCGUCCUAGCCAAAUCUAAAUUGUAUGUCACGUUUGUUGUAUGAUUCCUGUAAAUUAUUUGUGAUAUCGCUCAGUUAAGAUAAUCAGACGUUAUCGUAUGUUAGUAUUAAUUAUAUUAUUGUAUGUUAUUCAUUGUUGUAACUAAUAUAAUUAGAUACGUUUGUAUGA